AUGGCUUCAAACGACGAUGAUGGUUAUUUUUCCAAUGUAAACGAAUUCCAAAACAAUUUCUUAUGCAGUAUAACACCACCUGCGGGUAUUUUAUCUCAGAAGUUCACAGAUCAAAUACAGAACAAUGGCAAGCGGAGAGAUUCCAGGCGCAAGAGAACGGAUGAUCGGAGAGACAAGGGACUUUUUUUCUACGUGGAAAAUUCAAAUGAGGCUGACUUAAUUUACAACUACUGUGUGAACAGGGAAUGGAAACGAAUCAUAGACAAUAUCAGACUGAACUACCUAUUAAAAGGUAAGCAGACCUUGUACCAUAUUCCUAACAAUAGGUUCCUGACCACCAAAGUUGGCCUUUGCACUUCGCUCAAAGAUCAAGAGCGGAGAAGCAACAGAUGUAUAAAGUUCAGAUGUUCCAAAAAAUCAUAUCUGCUUCUCUCGACUAGGCUGUUGAAACUGGAUGAAUUCUAUCCUGAGACGUACCGCAUGGAUGUGGCAAAGGAGCGGGUAACUUUCUUUGACGUCUUCAAAGACGGGCAGAUUUGGAUUUGCAAACCUGCCGAAUCGAGUCUGGGACGAGGAAUCUUUCUUCUGCGGAAUCGUGAUGAUGUAGCUGCGUUCCGCAGUAAACUGGAGAGUGUAGAAAAGAUUCCUCAGCACAGACUGUGUUUCUACAAUGCACCGAUCCACAGAAUAGUACAGAGAUACAUUCACAACCCUCUGCUACUGGAUGGGCGAAAAUUUGAUGUCCGCUCCUAUUUCCUGAUUGCCUGCACCUCACCCUACGUGACCUUCUUUCACCACGGUUACGUCAAGGUGACGUGUAACCAGUAUCACCCAAAUUCGGACGACCUGACAGGUCACUUAACCAAUCAGUUCAUGCAGAAAAAGAACCCAAAUUACAAUGAGGUGAUGGAGGAGACAAUCUGGUCCAUGGAGCGAUUAAAUAACUAUAUUAAUGAGAGGUUUAGGAUACCAAAGGCCGUCCCGAAGGACUGGGUCUUCACUGUUUUUGAGAGGAGAAUGCAACAGAUCAUGAGGCAGUGCUUCAUCUCUGCUAAGAGCAGACUGGAAUGUAAACUGGGCUACUUUGAUCUUUUGGGCUGUGACUUUAUAGUUGAUCAAAAUUUCAAGGUCUGGUUACUUGAGAUGAACAGUAGCCCAUCUCUGGAGAGACACUGUGAGGUUCUCAAAAACGUCAUCCCCAGUUUGGUGACUGAAGCCCUUGAUAUAGUCAUUGAGAUAUUCAUAAAGAGUGGUCAAGCAAUACCCAUCCUGCCACUCCAGGCGCAAAGGAAGUUUAUCCUGCUAUACCACACUUGCUUCCUGGAUUUGAACUUGAAUUCCAUCUCAAAGUCGAGGGCAGAAAAUAUCUUCUUGGAGAAGAUACCACACAUGAGCCUUUCUACCUAUUCAGCUCAGAGUCAGAAAAGGCUGGAACCGUCGGCAAGCUUUGCUCGCACUCUAACCAAAUUAGCUCAGCGAUCAUUUCACUCACGGCGUCAGCUGCCGGAUAUUAAAGAGGGACGUAAACGACACUCUGCCAAACCUAAAUCUAGCCAGGAGGCAACAACUACUCAAGGCACUUUGGUUGAAUGUAAACCCGGUGCAGUAUCAAAGGCUUCUAAAGCCAGCUCAAGAUCGACUCCAAAAUUGCCACGCAAAUCAUCAUCAGCUAAGGCUUAG